UGAUUAUCACAAUCUGUAGAUUAAGUCUGGGGCAGCUUUAAGUCUGUCAGAGUGAGAAAAAGACUAAAAGACGCGGGGAAGGCAUCAGCAUGGCCCAGAAAAACAAUUUUCAGUUCUCCAUCAGGGAAUAUAGACCUUCAGAUCAACAUGUGGUCAUGUCACUAUUUAAGGAUGGGAUUUUUGAGCAUGUUUACCCAGCCUUUUUCAAGGCCAUGAGCCAUCCAGACCAUAUUGGUGUUGCUCUGAGCAUUUCGAUGGCUGGUUAUGUGCUGGGAGGCAGCUCCUACUUCCAAGCUCUACUGUUUGGCAGUGCAUGGGCUGGCCUCAUUUAUUAUUGCUGCCAUGAUAUCUAUGAGGGCUACAUGAUGAGGAGGCAAAGCGCAGAUAUGGCCGACAUUCAGGCCAGCUACCUGGAAAACCCAGAUAACGGCUUCUGGGUAGCGGAGGCAGACAUCAAUGGCCAAUCCAAGGUGGUAGGGAUGGUGGCAGUGAUUGGAAAAAGGGGAGAGGAAGAAGGUGAAAGGUUUGAAGACUGGAAUGGCGGAGUGACGGGAGGAGGCUCUGAGCUGGCUCAAGAUGCCAGGGAUGGAAGUUAUGGGGAGAUGUGUCACAUGGUCGUGGCAUUUUCGUGGCGCCGCAAAAACUUGGGCUCGCAGUUGACACGGAAGGCUUUGGAUUUCUGCAAAGAGAGAGGCUUCGGCCGUCUCAUCCUGGAUGUGAGCUCACCACAGACAGCAGCCAUUUCCCUGUUCGAGAAAGCCGGCUUUGUGCAAACCUCAUCCCAUCGCAACACGCACGCCAACCGCUGGUUUUCCAACCUCGCCAGAAUAAAUGUGAUGCGAAUGGAGAAGUUAAUUUAAAGAUAAAAUUUACUCUAGCGAGCAGUUAUUAGAACCUAAAAUGUACAGCAUAUCAUGAAUAUGUCACUUAAUUUAAUCUUAUACCAUCAUUGGAAAAACCUCUCUGUGUGAUAUUGGUCACUCGUUUCUCAAAUUUGCUAUCAUGGUAGUUUGAAAAAUAUAUUAAAUUUCAUGUUUUUUUCCACAAAGCAGGAUUAACGAUCUCAGUUUCCUCGUAUUUCUUCUCGCUUUGAUCUAUUAUGUAUACACCUGCACCCCUGACAGUCUGUUGCCCACAAACAUAGAGAACAAUGAGACAAUUAGUCAACUUUUCCAAGUUAAUUAAAUGAACGUAUUUGCAUAUGCAAGUCUAGUACACCCCAGUAAGGUUCUAUUAAAUGAAUUUAUUGUAUUUUAAACGUAGUCACGUUCGAUUAUCUAUUGUUCUCCUGUCCACUAAGGAAUAUAAAAAUGUAUGUGAGAAAGGAGAAGUAUAGUCAUUUGGAAGCAGGAGAACUUUCUUUAAGCCUCUUUCCAGGGAGAGGCUGAAUCCCUCUGCCUCAGAGGAAUUAAUGCCAGCUGACUUCUAAGACCUCACAACUCUUUGCUUAAAAUACCAAUGAAAAAUGCAAUAGUAUCAGGACAUUGGGAGGUUUAAAAUUCUUUGGAGCUAAAAGAGCUGUGAGUGUGUGUGUGUGGCAUAAAAAUAGGAUAAAGACUUUGGUAUACUGCAGUGCAUUCAGGUCAUUGUACACACGGCAAAUACUGAGAUUAUCAACACCAAACAAUAGAGAAAAAGCUUAACUGUUUCCUUAGUGGUGGUCCUAUGGUAUGUGUGUGUAUGGGAGGAGGGAUUGUGUGAAUACAGGUGGAAAACCCAUGGGAAAUUUUUCUUUUAUAAACCAAAAAAAUAUGAAACAAUGCAAAUAACAGCUUUUCUUUUCAUUAUAGAACCUGAUGCAAGAAAAACCUAGUGACAUGCAUGGUGCAGCAUCAGCUAAACAAUUUAUAUUUACACAUUUCUUAACCUACAUUGCACCAGAAAUCUCCUAAAGGUGAUUACAAUUUCCAGAAUAUUAUCAGCAACACACAGUAGCUGCUUGUCUUGAAAGGGUAUGCGUCCACAGAUGACGAGCCUAUAAGGAAAAAACAUCAAGCAACCAAGGUGUGCAAUGACAGGUGCGACCUAAAUGAGCUUCAAGAGAGGGUGCUGGAUGGAUAAAGCAGCUUGGCACUGAGAAACACACACACACCCCCAUCAGAGGCCUUCAGGCAUCAAUCAUUCCUGCUGAGGCUGUCAGAAAAAAAUUCGGCCAGUGGCCAGCAGGCAGGUGCUGAACUAGCCAAAGGAAGAUGAGCCUUAAUUCUGGCCAACCUGUUGUCAUCCUCUCACAAUUACCAGUACAAUUGGCCUCAAGGUAAUGACAGCUUGAUUGUAAUUCCUCUCAUACACAUGCUGCACAGAUGAGUCAGUUGCCAUUUUGGGGACAAUGAUAUGAGCUGAAGCUGCUUUGCAACUACUCUCCGUAACGUCAAAAUCUAUGCUGCCACAAUGUCUAUGAAAAGUAUUCAGCCCCUCAGAAGUUGUUGUGUUUUAUUGCCUCAUAGCAAUGAUGUCACACACUUGAUGUGCACUGAUUACUAGAAAAUAACCUUUUAACAGCGAAACAUAAAUGUAAAAUACAAAUUGGGAGUAGUGUGUGAGGCAGAUGUAUAAAUUCAAGAAAGACGGACAGUAUUUAUUCUCUGGACAAAUCUAUCCAUUUUUAUGUCACAUUAUGCAAAUGAAUAGGCUGAUUUUUAACCUUUAUUUACGACAUAGAACAGCGGUCCCCAACCCCCGGGCCACAGACCGGUACCGGUUUGUGAGUCGUUUGGUACCAGGCCGCGAGAGUUGAGGCUCGUUUAUCCUGGGUUCGUUAACUUGGUUUCCCUGGGUCUUUUCCCGUGUGUGUUAUGAAUAAAUCUUCUUUUUUUGGUACCGGUACUGGUUUUAUUUUGUUGUAUUUAUCCGCGACACCUUAAAGGCCGGUCUGUGAAAAUAUUGUCGGACAUAAACCGAUCCGUGGCGCAAAAAAGGUUGGGGACCGCUGACAUAGAAUAAAAUACACAUAUAGUACCAAGACGAGAUAAUAAAAAAGCUCAGGGGGAUAGAGCAGGCUCUGUUUGCACUUCAUUUGAAGAAAAAGAUGGUGGCGUGUUUUGUGUGUAACCAAUAACCAAUAUUAGCUCUCAGACCACAUUUUAACUUUUCCUCCAACUUGUUGACGAGCAGCUGGUGAGUUUCCAGAUGUGUGCAAACUACUGGCAACCUCUAUUAACGACCAAAGCAAUCCCAAAGAUGUUUUCGGUGUAGCAUCAUAUACCUCUUCCUGAUCAAUAUCACCAAGCAACAGCCAGCAACCUGUAGAAAACACUGGCCAACCACUCAGAAAACACAUUUUUUCCUAGUAACAGUCAGUGACUGACCUCUAGGCCUUUGUGACUGGGGUCUAAGCUUCCUUUACAUGUGUUUUUGUUCUAAUUUUUUUUGUUAGACUAAUCUAACAGUAAACUGUGAAGAGGAAUAACAAAGAAUUGACUGUCUGCUGCUGAAUUUGUUUAAAAACCUGACCACAUAGCCUGUCUUUAAAGCUGCCACACACAUGUACAUUUAGAUUUGGCAACUCCACAACGUUGACCCUCGCUAAGCCAUUCCUAAGUAGCUUUGUGUUGCAAAAGCUGAAGUUUCCAUAUCCACUUUAAUAAAUUAAACCAUUUC